AGAGCUGCUGGAGAGAUAUGGUUGGCGCAUGUGAAGGAGGUGAAGACGGAUCCGUUGAAGAUGUGGGAGACGUUGAGGGAGGUUCAUGUUCAGCAGAAGCCUGGUGCGCGUUUCAACGCUUAUGAUGUUCUCCUGGGCUUGAGGAAGGAUGAGGGCGAGUCCCUGGUCUCUCUGACGGCCAGAGCGGACAAGGCUAUGCAGGAUAUCCGCUCCCUUCGCCCCAAGGACUUCACCAUUGAGCAGCUGGACGAGGAACUUGCUUCUAUGUCUCUCAUUCGCUCCCUCCCUGCUGAGUACAACAACUUCGUCUCCUCCUUGCUUCUGCUCGACUCCCUCAGCCUCUCGAAGCUCCAGAGCGCGUUCCAGAACGAGGAGACUCAGCGU